GCGCCCGGCCCGGCCCCGCCCGGCCCCUCCCGCCCGCCCGCCGCGCCGCGCCGCGCCGCUCCGCACCUGGGCGAGCAGCGGCGGCUACGCGCCGGCCCCGUCCCCGUCCCCGCCGCCCGCUCAUGGCUCGGCCGCUGCCGCUGCUGCUCUGCCUGGCCGCGCUGGGCGCCGGCUGCCGGGCCGGGCCGCCUCCCGCCGCCACGGCCGGCCCCUCCGCCGAGCCGCUGCAGGACGAGGCGGACAACCAGGAGAACAUCCUCUCCCAGUUGUUAGGUGACUACGACAAGGUGAAGGCAGUUUCUGAAGGCUCCGACUGUCGGUGUAAAUGUCUGGUCAGACCCCUGGGCCGUGGUGCCUGCCAGAGGAUUAACGAAGGCUCUUUCAAAGCGGAGGAUUUUUACACAGUGGAAACCAUCACAUCUGGACCCAGCUGCAAGUGUGCGUGUGUGGCACCCCCUUCUGCACUGAAUCCUUGCGAGGGGGACUUCAGGCUGAAGAAGCUCCGGGAAGCGGAGAGCGGCGACCUCAAGCUGUCCUCCAUCAUCGAGAUGCUGGAAAGUGCAUUUUAUGGCUUAGACCUUCUGAAGCUGCACUCAGUCACAACAAAGUUGGUGGGCCGGGUGGAAAAGCUUGAGGAGGGCAUGUCCAGGAACUUCACACAGCAGAGCCACGGUGAGGGAGCAGAUGUGGAGGAACAUUUGCAGGAGCCCCACCGCAGGGACAAGGAGAACUGCUCCAGUCUCAUCACCAACAGCCUUGCUGACAUUGAGGGCUCACUGCAGAGGGACGCAGAGGCUGCCUACGUGCACACGGAGGGAAAAUAUGAAGAAAGAUUCCUGAAAGAUGAAACCAUCUCUCAGCAGAUCAACUCCGUCGAGUCCCUCCCGGAGCUGCACCUUGUUCCAGAGGAUGAGAGGUCAAGGCAGCUCUUGCAGAGGAAACUGCACAUCGGGAGCCGGCCUCCUUCCAAACCCACCAUUGUCCGAGGGGUCACCUACUACAAGGCCCAGUUCACAGAUUUGGAGAAUGACAUUGAGGAACAACGUGAGUUGGAGGAUGAGCUCUUCAGCGGGGACAACACGGUGGAUUUGCUGAUCGAAGACCAGCUCCUGAGGCCCAGCAGCAGGGCCGGCAAGGGCGUGAGGAAGCCCGCCCCGGUGGGGUGGCCACCCACCCCUGGCAGCGAACCCACCACCACGGCAUCCUCCAGCGCUGCCGCCACGGCCACCGUGCCCCCGUCCCCUGCCUCGUCCGUGGAGCCAACACCGGACCCCACUGCUCUGGGCAGGCUGCCCCCCGCCCUGGACACCACGACCGCAACCACCCCAACAGAGGUGGCGGGCACAGAGCCCUUGCAGCUGCCAACAGUUUUCCCCUCGGCCAGCACGGUGGCACCCAUGACUGCAGAGAGCCUGCCCACAGCCAGCAGCGGCGUCCCCAGCCCUGCUGCGGCCACCACCGCCAUCCCGACCGCAAGAGAUGCGGGGACGAGCUCUGCCCCUGCCACGGACAGCAGCCCGGGAGCUCUGGAAGAGGCGAGCACCCCUGCAAUGCCAGCCAGCCCCACGAUCCCUGCCACCCCCAAGCAGGCCUUGGAGGAGGAGGACAUAAGGAACAUCAUCGGGCGCUGCAAGGACACGCUUUCCACCAUCUCGGGGCCCACGACACAGAACACGUAUGGGCGCAAUGAGGGUGCCUGGAUGAAGGACCCCCUGGCCAAGGAGGAGCGGAUCUACGUCACCAACUACUACUACGGGAACACGCUGGUGGAGUUCAGGAACCUCGACAACUUCAAACAAGGGCGCUGGAGCAACUCCUACAAGCUCCCAUACAGCUGGAUUGGGACAGGGCAUGUCGUCUACAACGGGUCCUUCUACUACAACCGGGCCUUCACGCGCAACAUCAUCAAAUAUGACCUGAAACAGCGGUACGUGGCCGCCUGGGCCAUGCUGCACGACGUGGCCUACGAGGAGUCCACACCGUGGCGGUGGCGGGGCCACUCGGAUGUGGACUUUGCUGUGGAUGAGAAUGGCCUGUGGGUCAUUUACCCGGCCAUCAGCUACGAGGGCUUCAACCAGGAGGUGAUCGUGCUCAGCAAGCUGAACGCGGCCGACCUCAGCACCCAGAAGGAGACCACGUGGCGGACGGGGCUGCGCAAGAACUUCUACGGGAACUGCUUUGUCAUCUGCGGGGUGCUCUACGCGGUCGACAGCUACAACAAGAGGAACGCCAACAUCUCCUACGCUUUUGACACGCACACCAACACGCAGAUCAUCCCCCGGCUGCUCUUUGAGAACGAGUAUGCCUACACCACCCAGAUAGACUAUAACCCCAAGGAUCGCCUGCUCUACGCCUGGGACAAUGGGCACCAAGUCACCUACCACGUGAUCUUUGCCUACUGAGACCCCAGUGACAGUAGGAUGCUGUGAGGGGCCACCAGCACCUUUUAUUAUUAUUGUUAUUAUUAUUAUUAUUUUGUACAAAUCAAAGAGUAAAUGAUGGGUUUUGUUCAUUUUGUUUUUUUUUAAAGGUGGGUCGUAGAUCGACCCCCAGGCCAGAUUCGCUCCCUUUGUCUUUGGUGUAACCUUGCUUCUGUUUUGACGGGGAGCCCGUGGGCGCCUGAGGGCAGCGCGGAGGUGCCGGUCUGCAGCGGGGCCGCUCCUGCAGGAGGGGAGAGCCUAGCUCUCCUGCGCAUGGCCAGCAUGAAGGCCGCAGCGGAGGAUGGGAUCCAGGCACAGUUCUGCCCAUGGGCUUUUUAUAUGAAAAUAACUGCCAAUAAACUAAGAAUCUGGUGCAAAGCUGGCCUUUCUGCUUCACACAACAGGUCCCAGUGGGAUACUGGUGUGGGCCUGUCCUUGUGGAGGGUGUGCGUGUCGUAGUGGAAGUGUCCUUUCUCUUGGAGCAUCUCCCCAGGUGCCCCGAGCUGCUGCUGUACGGUGCAGGGCGAGCACAGCUCGGCCACCCGUGGUGCUGGCGCUGACGCCUGGGACCCUCUGCCCUCGCUUAGCCCUGCUGCUCCCUCCUGCUCCCGGUGCUGCUCCCCAGCCGGCGCCCCCAGAGCCCAGCUCCUGUCCGAGCUCCCUCCAGCUGGGAAGGCCUGGGGGCCGGAGCUGGCUGGGCUGGGGGCUGUGUCGGCAGCCAGGGGGCCGGCAGCGGGCACUGUAAAUACGUGUAGAUGAUUUUUGUGUUUGUUUCGUAUCCCACGAUAGUCCCCUUGGGUGCUGCCGGGCGAAGGCCCCGCUCUGCCUUGCGGUGAGCUGCCCGGGCGCUGAGCCCCGCUGCCCUUCACCAGCCGUGGGGACCACCCGCCCAGGCGGCAGCACCCAGCAGGGCCCCCAGGCGGCCUGGGUGCCUGCUCCGCGGCCCGCUGCCUGCGCCGUCUCCUGCAGAGCACCCCCGGCCACCCCUGCUCCCCGACCACCUCCUUCCCCGCUCCCCUCGGCCCUUUUGGCCGCCCACCGCAGAGGCACAGCCGCUGCCCCUCCUAGCCUGGCAGCAUCUUGUAUUUACCUGCUGUUUAUAAUAAAAGAGCAAGUACCGUUGCA